CUUUACCUUUGCUCCUGUGUUUCUCUUUAUUUGUUUUAUGCAGGACUGUCUGUAGGUGUAUGAGAAGUCUCGAGAUCUUUGGCUCUGUUCAGUUCUGCUAGCUUAGAAAGCACCUUUCAUUAUGUUAGUAUGUUAGCUUGCUUUAUUUUUGAUGGCUAAUGGGCUACUGCUAACAAUUUAUGUUCAGAUUUUGUUUAGGUUGCUGCUGUUGCAUUUUUGCUUAUUUAAAGUAAAUCCGGCUAAAUCAGUAAGAUAUAUGCGAAGAGUUUAUUAACAGAUAACUUAUUUAUUUACUCGUAUAUUAUCUUUUUUAAUGUUACCAUGUUUUUAUUGUGUUAGCUGUAUUUUUUUAGUUAUGUAAUAUAAUCAAUUAAUUGGAAAUCAGAAUGGAAACAACAUGAAUUUUUUUGCAAAUGAACUCUUUCUACAGAUUUAUUUAUAUAUUUAGUAUGGCAUUUACUAUUUUUUUUUUCAAUUGUCAUUUUACGAUGAUCAUUUCUAGGCUUUUCUAGGAAAAUUGCACUUUAAAAUGAGAUCUUGACCGAACCUUUAAUUAUUAACGUCUAGAAAAGUCAUGGAAAUUCACUGCACUGUAAAAAAAAAAAAAAAUUAAUAAUAAUCUGGUACUGGGGGUGUAGGGAAAAAAUGACAUUAAAAAUAGGGCAGUAAUUUAAUGCAGUCUGGAUCCUAGUGGCUCCGGUGACCUCGGAAAAGAUAUUAGCGUAGAUGCCAUUCUUCUAACAAGUACAUUAUGCGUUAUAGGAAGUGUUCCCAGGUUUGAUUGGUCUAUUUAAUAACAGUCCUUUAAUAGAUUUGUCAGUGCGUUCUGUGUAAUAAACUGAAUGUCAUCAUCCCUCUUGUGGAUGGUAAUAUAGUAGGAGAUAUAAAGAAGCUCUGUGUUAAUGUACACAUAGAUCUGGGACAGGAUCCUGAAGUUUCUUCAGACAGCAUUGUUCUCCUUGCUCUGAAUGGGUGAAAUCACUCUCGCCACGAAGCGAAACGGCAAACUUCUGAUCAUUAAGACCUCGGAGAUGCACUCUUUUCAGAUAAUGCAAAGUCUAUAAAGCAACGUGCGCAGCCGUUCCUUCAAGAUUCAUUAUUUCCCAAUAAUGAAACCUGGACAAGUUCUGAAUGACCGUAAUAAAUGUCAUUUGUUUUUAUUACUUAAGUACCAUAAAUACUUGAAACAUGCCUGACUUGCGUGUGUUUUGUUCUCGGAGGAACGUGUCUGGUCUGAGGAUUUCUGGGAAAGAAGAACGAUAAAAGCAGCAUGCAGUGGAUUCAGCUCGAAUCAUUACCAGUGCAUGCUUAAAGUCAUACUUGCAUUUCUUUCGUUGAAGACUAAUGGCAUUUGGGUGGCGUUCUGUCGGUACUGGUUCAAGAGUAACCACCUUGAGCCCGUUUUGUUCUCGUCAUCUCCAUCCACCUUAUUGUACGCAUGAAAGGAAGGACAGUUUCUUUUCUAAGUGACCGUCAUAAACCUGCACCUAAAACGAGACCUCAGCUGUAAAAAAGUUUAGAAGAUUAACUUUAUGCCUAAAGGUCCAAGUUUAAAAACGCACGCAAUCAAGAUUAAGCUUAAUAACAACGCUAAACGGCGGACAAAACAAACCAAAAAUGACUGAAACCGGUAUUGUUCGGACAUUAUGUGCAAAAUGUUCAGAAACGCCUUGUGGUUGCCAUGGCGACCAUCUUACAUUCCGCAUUAUGUCUCAUAUCUUCUGAAACACAGAAAGUAUCUACAAUCAAGGAUUACAAUCAUACCAUAUACAGUGAUAUACUCUCAAAUACCGAAGAGUUAAUGGUGAAAUCAGCAACAUAGCAAGAAAAAAACGGUUUCUCAGCAUUUACAAAAGUCUUCAGUUGACUAUUUUGUUAUUCGAUAGCACAAUAAAAGAUCGUUUUAAUGGUCUUCCAACCCGAAAGUAUGUUUGAAAUCUCAUAAAGUUGCAGAAUCAACCAUGAACUGUUGAGAGAGAAAAUAAUGUGAUGUAAAAUCGCUAUAAUUCUACACCAUCAAAACACACGGGUAGACAUCACCUGUUCUGCGUUUGGCUCUGAAAAUAUGACACAGAAUGUAAAAUUUAGUUAUGGCGGAAAGUAAAAUGGUCCCCAUGGCAACCACAAGGUGUUUUUGCGAUGGCUCCAUUUCUGAAAAUGUUCCUCUAGUUCAAACGUGACCUUCCUGGUUAUCAUAAAUGUCUGUUUAUUAUAACAAAGAAGGUACGGUGAUAUGACGUUAUGCUAAGAUAUUAAAAUAAGUCAUUUGUAAGGAAAAUUAACUAAUUUCGGAUCAGAUUAACAGAACAGUUUUUUUUCAUUCCUGUAAAAAGGGUACAAUUAUCAUAAAAAGGACACCUGUUAAAUAAAAAUACGUGUUUAUGAAGUUUUAUUAUUUUUAUAUGUUCAUUAUUUACAGUUAGAGGUUUGCCGUGUCAUUUUACAUAGUACAGGUAUAUUCCCGGUAUAUUUCUUUAAUUAUAUAAUUUCAUAUAAUAAUUCUAAUGUUACAAAAAAUUAAAAAAAUACAAAUAAAAUAAUAAUAAAUACUGAAACUUUUAUUUAUUUUUUUACAGUGCAAAAGUAUAAUGUGCGCAGUGGAAAGUAUAAUGCCAUGGUCUUUUCUUAGGAGUUAACAUUUUAAACAUUGUCCAUUCCUCUGUAACUUAUGCCAAGCGCCUCUGUGAUUCUUGGAAAAGCAUUAGCAUGCAAAUACGGUCUAGAUAAUGUAUAAUCAGUCUUCAUAUCUCUAUUACAUUGAGUGCGUGGAUGAGAGAGAUUGAUUGUCUUAAAGGGACAUACACACACACACACACACACACACCUGAGUGACUCCUCAUGGCUGCCACCGAGCACCCUGUGUCGUCCCCGUCCCCGUCCCCGUCCCCCACCGCCGAGGACACACCGGCCCCGACCACCCUGGCCAUCACAGACAUAGUGGUGCUAGUCAUCUACUUCCUUCUGGUUCUGGCAGUGGGCUUAUGGUCCAUGUGGAAAACCAAGAGGAGCACAGUGGAUGGAUACUUCCUUGCUGGCAAAAACAUGACUUGGUGGCCGGUGGGCGCCUCUCUGUUUGCCAGUAACGUGGGCAGUGGUCACUUCAUUGGUCUGGCCGGCUCUGGGGCAGCAGCGGGCAUCGCUUCCACGGCCUAUGAAUGGAACGUAAGCACGCCAGGUCUACCAUUUAAGAGACAGACAACACAGCAAUUUGCUGAAUAUACAGUACAUUACGUAAAAAGACGAGUCUUGGUGUUAAUGUGUUGUGUUGAUGUGCAGGGCAUGCUGAUGGUGCUGCUCUUGGGCUGGCUGUUUUUACCAAUCUAUGUUGCAUCAAGGGUCACCACAAUGCCCGAGUAUUUACAGAAAAGAUUUGGCGGGAAAAGAAUACAGCUGUUUCUGUGCGUUUUGUAUCUGUUCAUCUACAUCUUCACCAAAAUAUCGGUGGACAUGUACGCAGGAGCUGUGUUUAUCCAGCAGGCUCUGCAGUGGGACAUCUACCUCGCCGUGUUUUUACUUCUCGGCAUCACCGCUGUCUACACCGUCGCAGGUGGUCUGGCAGCAGUGAUCUACACCGAUGCGGUUCAGACUCUCAUCAUGGUGAUCGGAGCCCUGAUCCUCAUGGGCUUCAGUUUUGCAGAGGUCGGGGGAUUUCAAGCUGUCCUGGAUAAGUAUCCUCAGGCCAUUCCCUCCAUCCGAGUGCCCAACACCACCUGCGGGAUCCCACGGGAGGAUGCCUUUCACAUAUUCCGCCACCCUGUGACCUCUGACCUGCCCUGGCCGGGAGUGAUCCUGGGCAUGUCCAUACCCUCCAUGUGGUACUGGUGUUCUGACCAGGUGAUAGUGCAGCGUUCACUUGCUUCCAAGAACAUUGUGCAUGCUAAAGGAGGAUCUUUACUUGCUGCGUACCUCAAAGUUCUGCCCUUCUUCAUGAUGGUGAUUCCAGGCAUGAUUAGCAGGAUACUCUACCCAGACGAGGUGGGCUGUGGAGACCCGGCUGUGUGUGAACAAGUUUGUGGGAAUCCGGUGGGCUGCUCGGACAUUGCUUACGUCAAACUGGUCAUGGAGCUCCUUCCUGCAGGUCUGAGGGGUUUAAUGAUGGCCGUGAUGCUGGCUGCUCUCAUGUCCUCUCUGACUUCCAUAUUCAACAGUUCCAGCACCAUUUUCACCAUGGACCUUUGGAGGAACAUCCGCCGUACUGCCACCGAGUGGGAGCUCAUGAUUGUGGGAAGAGUGUUUGUGUUGGUGUUAGUGGUGGUGUCAGUGCUGUGGAUUCCUCUGGUUCAGGCCAGUCAGGGUGGGCAGCUCUUCAUCUACAUCCAGUCUAUCAGUAUGUACCUGCAGCCCCCCAUAACGGUCGUCUUCUUCACGGGAUGCUUCUGGAAACGGACCAAUGAGAAGGGUGCAUUCUGGGGUCUGAUAGCAGGCAUGGUGGUGGGCUGUACGAGGAUGAUUCUGGAUUUCGUCUAUCCCACACCGCAGUGCUACGAGAGCGACAGCAGACCCGACGUCAUCAAAUACGUCCACUACCUGUACUUCUCCAUCAUUCUCACUGUCCUCACACUCAUCGUGGUCGUGUGCGUUAGCCUGGCUACAGAGAAGCCCAGACCAGAGCAGAUCAGUCGUUUGACGUGGUACACGCGCUUUGAUCCUGUGAUUGAGGAUGCCACACAGUACUCAACAGACACGGGAAAUGAUGCAUGUCCAUCCAAAGACGAUAUUUAUCCGAUCCAUACGCAGGCACAGAUAAAUGCAGACUCCAGUGGUUCUGCGUCCAGCAACGCGGGUUCAUCUAAACUCAUGUCUGCUCUGUUCUGGAUCUGUGGAAUGGAGAAGCAGAAAGGAGAGAAAGCCGAAUGUCCUCCUCCAGAAGCUCCCACGUGUUCCCUGGAGGAAGACCCCUGCACGAGACACAUGGUGAACGCCAACCUCAUCGUCUGUGUAUCAGUGGCCGUGUUUCUCUUCGCUUACUGGGCAUAAUCACUUCCCUUUUAUAAUGUAUUGUUCACUGUGGCUGUGUUAAAGUGCCCCUAUUUUUGUUAUAUAUAUAUAUAUAGUGCCAUUAAUGCAGUGUGUAACGCAUCUCUAUUUAAAUGAAAGCAUCUUGCAACGUUUUAAAUCUGAAAGUGCGCCAUGUGUAAAGUUAUUGUCUCUCAAAAGAGUUGACUGUGAAUCAAUGAAAUGAGUUUUUAAGCCAUAGCAUGUUGCCCCGCCCACUUGUGGGCCUUUAGGUCUGAAUGAAAAUGUAAAUUCAUUCUUCACCACUAGGUGCAGCUUUUUUUCCCCCCUGGUAACGCUGUACACAAAGCAGCUCUCAAUCGGAGGGGUUUGAAAAAAAAUGAAUGGUUUGGGAAACAUUGAGCAGAUAAGGUAGAAAUAAAUUAUAUUAUACGAAAAGUGAAAGUGUUUUUUGACCUUGCGUGCAUGUUAACUCCCAUUUUGUCCACGAAGUUCCUGUAAAUUAAACAGUAUUUUAAAAACAA